CUCCUCCUCCUCCUCUUCCCAGCUUUGUGACAGCCUCCAGUGAUAGGAACCGCGGAGCGGGGCGGGCGACCGGGAGAGACCCGGAGAAGGAGGGAGGAGGGGAAAGAGAGAGGGAGGGAAAGAAAGGGAGAGAGGCGAGGGAAGGAGCGCAUCGGAGGGGGCUGACUGCCUCUGCUGCAGCGUCCCCCUCCUGCUGCUGCUGCUGCUGCUGCAGCUGCUGCUGCCGGGCCUGGCCCCGGCCUCGGAUGCCCGGGUGAGCUGCCCGGAGGAGCCUGCGGGCCGGGGCCGGGGCCGGGGGCCGGGAGGACCGCGGACAGCCGCGCUCCCCGCUUGGCUCCCCGCGGAGUGGCCGCAAGUUUGCAAGUUGGGCUAGUUCUGGGCUGGGGGAGGGGGUGGGCUGCGCGCGCCGACCAGGAGCCGAGGGGGAGCCCCCAGCCCCGGUUCCGCUAGCCCGCGAUCCCCCGGCUCUCCGGCCAUGGAGGACGGAGGCGGGGGCCCCGAGGCGGCGUCCGUGCUGGAGAAGAACGUGGCCGAGCUGACCGUGAUGGACGUUUACGACAUCGCCUCGCUGGUGGGCCAUGAGUUCGAGCGGGUCAUCGACCAGCACGGCUGCGAGGCCAUCGGGCGCCUCAUGCCCAAGGUGGUGAGGGUGCUGGAGAUCCUCGAGGUGCUGGUGAGCCGCCACCACGUCAGCCCCGAGCUGGACGAGCUGCGCCUCGAACUGGACCGGCUCCGCCUCGAGAGGAUGGAUCGAAUCGAGAAGGAGAGGAAGCAUCAAAAGGAGCUAGAGCUUGUGGAAGACGUCUGGCGAGGGGAAGCCCAAGACCUUCUCACGCAGAUCGCUCAGCUACAGGAGGAGAACAAGCAGCUGAUGACCAACCUGUCCCAUAAGGAUGUCAGUUUCACCGAAGAAGACUUCCAGAAACAGGAAGGUAUGUCUGAACGGGAGCGGCAAGUGAUGAAGAAGCUAAAAGAGGUUGUGGACAAGCAGCGGGAUGAGAUCCGAGCUAAGGACCGGGAGCUUGGCCUGAAGAACGAAGAUGUCGAGGCGCUGCAGCAGCAGCAGAGCCGGCUGAUGAAGAUCAACCACGAUCUGCGGCACCGUAUCACCGUGGUGGAAGCUCAGGGCAAGGCCCUGAUUGAGCAGAAGGUGGAACUGGAGGCCUACCUGCAGACCAAGGAGCAGGAAAUGGGCAGCAUGCGGGCCGAGAUCGCGAAGCUUCGGGAAAAGCUGAAGGGGGAGCCCAGCCAGAACGGGGAGGAGGAGAGCGAGACGGAGUUGGGGGGUGAGGAGUACAUCCCGGAGUCAGAGAAAGCAGAUAUGGAGAAGGACCCAAACCGCCCCCGAUUCACGCUGCAGGAGUUGCGGGAUGUGUUGCAUGAGAGGAAUGAGUUGAAAUCGAAGGUGUUUUUCUUGCAAGAAGAGCUUGCCUACUAUAAGAGUGAGGAAAUUGAAGAAGAAAGCCGAACACCCCACCCCACCCCCAUCAUCCACUCCAAAACAUCCCCCCAGCCUGAGUCUGGGAUCAAGAGACUUCAAGAAGGGCCUUUAAGCCACGGGUUUAGUUUCUUCUCUCGGGACAAAAAACGCCUGGCCAACGCGCAGAAAAACGUCCACUUCCAGGAAUCGUUUGGCCAGUGGGCAGACUUCCACAGAGAUGACGGCUAUACCGAACAGGGACAAGAAGCAUUACAGCACCUGUGACUUUCACUCUCCCUGGGCUUGUGACCGGCUUGGCUAUGGCUGACCCGGAUGGUCUGGGACCAGCCAAUGCCCAGAAACCAGACCUCAUGGCUCGGCCCCAGACACCUUGUGGUCGUGGAUUUUUUUCUGAUGUACUUUCCCCCAGGGACACAGACACAUAUUGUUCUUGGGACACCAGACCUCUAAAGACAGACUCCAGAUUCCACAGUAGUCAUCCUUUGUACCUGGGGGUGGGAAUCGUGGUUUAGAUUGGGGACUGGGCGACCCCUAUGUCCAUAUACGUAGGUCAUGGAUUUAAUGCCCCGGUAGUCUCUGGUCUGGCUUUUGCACCCACUACCGUAACACAGGCGUCUCUAAACCAAAAACACAGCCUAUGGCCCCUGAUGGGAGCCAUUCGAAGCUUGGCAUGUGGGCACUCUCCGACCCAUCGUUUCUGUAAUCCAGAAGGGUGGGGUGGGAAUCGGGAGGUGAUGGCGGCUCAUCGUCCUCAGUUCUGUUGGUGACAUUUCCAAAGUGGCACAGACAGAACUCUAACACUUGAUCGGGUUCCCCUGGGGGGCACCUUUUAGCACAAGCUCUGGGCGCUCUGUCUCAGGCCAGCAUUCACCAGUGGACAACAGGAGCCUCCGACCUCCUGACUGGAGGCAGCCGUGCAAGAAGCCAGGGCUGGUCAUGGUACCCUGGGAUUUAUAGUGCCUAAAGCAUGUAGAUACUGGUAUACAAGGUGAGUGUGCCUUGGGUUUUGCUGAGUUAUAUGCAGUAUUAACCAAACAAAAGAAUUGCUAAAAAUGAUCAAUUUUAACACAUGGUUUGGGCAUUUUUUUCCUUGUCAUCUUUUUCUUCAUGCAUGGUAGAUAUGAAGUUACUCCUUACCCUGCUAAGACAACAGCUGUUCUAGUAAGCCUGAAGUGAGGGCAUAUAGGGCACUGGGCACCUUGUAGGGAGAGAGUAAAUUUGACAAGGUGGACAAGACUCCUCCUCCCUUCUCUGGGUGCUUUGGACUGUGGGGAAGCAAAGGUGUCCCAUGGUACCAUAUGGCUGCUAGGGGGUACCUUGGGAUGUCCGGAAGACAGAGGAAGAGCGUACAGUUGGAAAGUGGGGAUUUGUUCAUCAUUGACAUCCCUUCUUUCCUCCCAAGGCUCAUAAACUAUAUAUUUUAGUACCAUAUUUAAAAUUUAGAUAGGAAUCACUGCUGAAAUUCAGCACCGUGAAAGCAGCUUGUUGGGGUUGGAAGAACACACAACUGGGAGACUAGAGAUCUAGGCCUGUCUUGCCCUUGCCCGUGACCCCGCCCAGUUGUUUGACCUUAGUGUAGGAAAGGAUGGGAGAGGGACAGGAUGUCUUCCCUGGCCCCUUGCAGCUCUACAACUUGGAUCCUCCAUUACACAAGGUGAUUUCAGAGGUAGAGAAAUGGGACCUUGGCCACCCCAUUCCUAUUUUUAAUAUAAAGAAAUGAAUUCCUAUUCAGACCCUUAGGGAACAGAGAAAUCCUACACUGGUAAUUUACUGGGAAAAUAGCAUGUUCAUUUUCUAAAACUGUUUCUAACAGCUGGUGUCUAUUUUAACACAGCAGGGAGGUACUGUUCUUUGUGGAAAGGAAAGCUGGGGGAGGAGAUUUGUGCUAUUAGGGUAAAACCUAAUAAUGGUGCAGGUUUUUAGAGAUACCUGUGAUUCAAGUAACAUUUAUUAAGCACCAAUGUUGUGUGAGGCCUUAGAAACAAAUUAGCCAUACCACCUGAACACUUCCUUGAAUUUGCAGUCACAACUAUGGACGAGAAGAUGUCUAUCAAGGUCUCUCUUGUUGAAAAGCAUCUGUCCAGGGGCAGCUAGGUGACACAGUGGAUAAAGCAUCGGCCCUGGAUUCAGGAGGACCUGAGUUCAAAUCCGGCCUCAGACACUUGACACUUACUAGCUGUGUGACCCUGGGCAAGUCACUUAACCCUCAUUGCCCCACCAAAAAAAAAAAAAAUACGAAAAGCAUCUGUCCAAGUCUGUCUAGUAUGUGUAUAUUAAAGGCAGCUAGGUAGCACAGUGAACACAGCACGAGAUCUGGAGUCAGGAAGACUCAAGUUCAAAUUAGGUCUCAGAUACUUCCUGGCUGUGUGACCCUGGGUAAGUCACUUACCUUCUGU